AUGUCUCUCGACCUGGAGAAGCAACUCGUCUUUUACGGCGCCUACCACCAUAAUGGUGUGAAUGUGGCCAUUCAUAUGAUCUGCGUGCCCCUUAUCCUGUUCUCGGCUUUCGCUCUUGCAGCAAACACGGGGCCUCUAGUCAACCUUCCAGAAUGGCUCUCAGUUCCCUACCUUGACCUGAACCUGGGUACAAUCGCAUCCUUCCUCUGGGGCGGCCUCUAUGUUCUCCUGGAACCUGUUGCAGGCACCGUUCUCGGAGCUAUCUGUGUUGGCGGCGCCGCUGGUGUUAACUACCUGAGGGUUACCGAGCCUGACUCCAUCAACAAGGUUGCUCUUACUGUUCAUAUCGUCUGCUGGCUCCUCCAGUUCCUCGGCCAUGGCGCCUUCGAGGGUCGUGCGCCUGCCCUUCUGGAUAAUCUGAUCCAGGCUAUCUUCUUGGCCCCGCUCUUUGUCUGGCUUGAGUUCCUUUUCAUGCUCGGCUACCGCCCCGAAUUGCAGGCCCGUGUGGAUAAGGCCGUACAGAAGGAGAUUGCCAAGUUCAAGGCCCAGAAGGAAAGCAACUCCGUGAAGAAGGCACAGUAA